AUGGGACUUAUUUCAUACGAAAAUGAGGCGAUAAACGAGGUGAAAAAGGCAGAUAACCAUCACGUUAGCAAAUUUGUGACUAGUUACUAUGGGCCAUCAUCGUCGUCAUGGCAGUCAGGAAUAUGGAUUUUGUUUGUGCUGUUUGUUGCCGCAGUAAUCCUUAUAAUACUGUUCACUUUUGUAGCGAACAGAAGGAGACGAAGGAUGGGGCGUGCUCCCAUUAGAGGUACGGCAUGGUUGACACCGCCUUCAUACAGACAGUCUCAGCAACAAUAUACUGGGACCGUUCAGCAACGGACAGAUGAUUAUGUUCCUGAGUAUACAGAAACAGCGAACGAACAUGAUCUUGGAUACUAUGACCAGCGGGGCGAGUUUCACCCCAACGAUAAGGCUGCAUACGUGGCCCCCCCGCCAUUGGUACAAGAAUGUUCAUCAGAAUCUGUUAAUUCUUUAGAAAGACCUCCCGCUGCUGUAGUUCACCAAGCUAACUCUUUAGAUACGGAUUACGGUUUAACAAGGCCUAGCAAUGGGCGCGUUCCAGCUGUAAGUGAUACGGUGGAGCAAUUGGAAAGGCUUCCGGGCGGGACUACAACGCAGGAAAUUAACCCACCGGAGAGGGCAAAGGUAAAUGCAAGGUCAUGA